AUGAUGGAUGAUGAAGAUGCAAUGAGCGAGAGAGGCCUCAGCACCUCCAGGAUGCGAUAUGAUGAUGAAGAUGGUAAGUUGACUCCACGUGUCACAGUUUGAUCUGUCUGCCUUCCAUUGUGGCCACUAGCGAAGGCUUGCACCCUUGUACACUCCCUUUUUAUGGGGCAACUGAACAUCAGCAUGAAGAAAAUACAGUCGUACCUCGGAUAUCAAACAGAAUCCAUUCUGGAAGUCCCUUUGACUUCCAAAACCAAAGCACGGCUUUUGAUUAGCUUCAGGAAGCUCCUGCAGCCAAUUGAAAGCCGCAGAAGCCCUGUUCAGCUUCCAAAAAUUGUUCACAAACCGGAACACUCACUUCCAUGUUUGUGGCGUUUAGGAGCUAAAACGUUCGAGAACUAAGAUGUUCGAAAACCAAGGUACGACUGUAUUGUCCUUGCAUGUUUUCCCUGUUCAGCUUCUACUAUUAUUAUUAUUAUUAUUAUUAUUAUUAUUAUUAUUAAUUUUAAUUCACUCGUUAAAAUGACCCAAAGUGACUUAGAAACACACCAGAAAUACUAAACUAAUCGUAAUAAACACAAUCAACCAAAACCUUUAUGGGCACAAAGCUCGGAAAAUCUGAACACCAGAAGAGCCUGCUGGGUCAGGUCAUUGGCAUAUCCAGUCCAGCAUCCUGUUCUCAAAUUGGCCAACAAUACGCCUGUGGGAAACCUGCAAGCAGGACUGAAGUACAGCGGCACUCUCCCCUCCAAUGGUUUCCCGCAAGUGGGAUUCAGAAACAUUUCUUUCUCUAACUGCAGAGGCAAAGCAGAACCAUCAGAUGGGCAGGGUACAAUUACAGACCCUUCAAGCAUCCCUUUUUAUGGGGCAUCUGAACAUCAGCAUGAAGAAAACAUCGCCCUUGCAUAUUUUCCCUGUUCAGCUUCUACUAUUAUUAAUAAUAAUUAUUAUAAUUAAUUAAUUAAUUCACUUGUUGAAAUGACAUACAGUAGUAUCUUGGUUCCCAAACUUAAUCCGUUCCGGAGGUCUGUUCCAAAACCAAAGCGUUCUAAAACCAAGGCAUGCUUUCCCAUAGAAAGUAAUGCAAAAUGGAUUAAUCCGUCCCAGACUUUUAAAAACAACCCCUCAAACAGCAAUUUAACGUGAAUUGUACUAUCUAAUGAGACCACUGAUCCAUAAAAUGAAAGCAAUAAUCAAUGUACUGUACUAUAAAAUAAAUAAGACAGUAAUGUAGAUAAUGAAAAAUUUAAAUUAUUGUUUUUUCUUAGGUACACUGAUGAUAGUCAUUGCUUGGAUGGGGGGCUUGUAUCCAUUUCUGCAGUCAUACAAUCAAUCAAUCAAUCAAUCAAUCAAUCAGUAGCUGAACUGGGUUCCACACAGUCACAAAAACAAGUCACAAAAAAUAAAGUCACAAGCCACAGUCACAAGUCAGUCCCAUAAAACAAAGAACAAGUCACAGUCAAAAAAAAUGAAAAAGCCACACAAACAAAAACGCAAAAAAUAGCAAAAACAAAAGCUCCAAAUAUCACCUCUGUGUUGCGUGGGUUCUCAGGACUCAACAGCCAACAGACUCGACAGGAAGGCUCUUUUUUUCUUUUCUUUUACAAACAACAAAUGGAACACACUUGACAGGACGCAGAACAUGUUCAUCUUCCAAGGCAAAGUUCACAAACCGGAACACCCACUUCUGGGUUUGCAGCAUUCUAUUUCCAAGUUGUUCAUAAACUAAACUGUUCUAAAAACAAGGUACCACUGUAAUAAAACUUUAAACUUUUUCUUUUACAAAAAAAACCUUCCCCGUACAGGGCUGCCUUCAGAUUUUUUCUAAUGGUAUUUCGGGGGUCACAUAACUCCAUACCCUCCAACAGAGCCAGGGACAGAAUGAAAGAGAGCCCAAGAGAUUUGUUGGGAAUGAUUUUGGAGCUUUGCCCUGUGGGCCUUUCUCUUUCUUCCCCCUCUGAUCCUCCCUCCCUUGCACUCUCUCUUCGCCUCUGUCUCUUCCUCUUCCUAGCAGAUUACCAUUCCAUCUACAUUGGGGUGCCAGUGCCACGUGGCUACAGGAGAAAGAGGCGCAGGAGGAGAUCGUCGUCCAGUCGGGACAAGAACGGCGACAGUGAAAGGCAUUAUGAGCGCCAGGACCGCUCAGACACAGACGACGGGGGCAGGAUCAGCUAUGAGAAUGGAAACGACAAUGCCAGCAGGACUAGUGAGUAGGGAAACGGGGAGACAUAAGGCUAAGAAUUCCUUAGGAUCUUCAUGAUUAUCUCAGCAUCACUGCUCUCAGUAUACAUGGUACCGUAAACACAGUAUUGGCUCCAGGUUUUGGAGGAGGUGUGCCCGUCCUGCAGCAGCUCCUGGGGGCUCUUGUCGCUGGGUCCCCAGCAAAUGCCCAACCAUGCCAACCCUUGCUGCCAACCCUGCCUAAGUGAAAGACCAGUUGCUGCCUCUGGGAGCCCACAAGCUAAAUUUUAACAGCGGAGAGGGAGGGCAAGCGAUCACAAUUCCUUGCAGUCUGCAUGAAAAAGGAACAAUGCCUGAUUUCCACACAGCUCAUCAUGCAUUAUGUGGGGAGUGAGGUAGACGCUGCAGAAUCAGAAAGAAGUUGAAAACACAUCUCUACAAGAACUAAAUUGGUGGCUCUGCAUAUGCAAUCAGAUCUCUCUUGUCAAGAUCUUUUUUUUUUAAAUGAUAUUUAUUAAAGUUUCAAAAAAUACAAAAAAUACAGAAUACAGAAAAGAGAAAAAUAAAAAUUUUAAAAUAUAACCAAAAAAGUAAAAAAUAAAAAGAAACAUACCAAAUAAAACAGUUAAAAGGAUAUUAAUUUUCCAUAACCUAUCUUCCCUAUACUUAUUUCCCCAGACCUCCUCAUACCUCCCUUUUUUGUAUUCCAGUUCAAUUUGUUAGUUCAGCAAAUCCUUACCAUUAAACUUUUACCCAGUUGCAAACCUUUUUUCAUGUCAUUUAAGGCAUUACAGCUAAAAACCUUCCUUAAUUUUACAAUAUUUCUGUAAAUAGUCUUUAAAUUUCUUCCAGUCUUCUUUCACCGACUCUUCUCUCUGGUCUCGGAUUCUGCCAGUCAUUUCCGCCAGUUCCAUGUAGUUGAUCACCUUCAUCUGCCAUUCUUCCAGAGUGGGUAGAUCUUGUGUCUUCCAAUAUUUUGCGAUGAGUAUUCUUGCUGCUGUUGUGGCAUACAUAAAAAAGGUUCUAUCCUUCUUUGGCACCAAUUGGCCGACAAUGCCCAGAAGAAAGGCCUCUGGUAUUUUCAAGAAGGUAUAUUUAAAUACCUUUUUCAAUUCAUUAUAUAUCAUUUCCCAGAAAGCCUUAAUCUUUGGGCACGUCCACCAAAGGUGAAAGAAUGUACCUUCAGUUUCUUUACAUUUCCAACAUUUAUUAUCGGGCAAAUGAUAGAUUUUUGCAAGCUUGACUGGGGUCAUGUACCACCUGUAUAUCAUUUUCAUAAUAUUCUCUCUUAAGGCAUUACAUGCCGUAAACUUCAUACCUGUGGUCCAUAACUGUUCCCAGUCAGCAAACAUAAUAUUAUGUCCAACAUCUUGUGCCCAUUUAAUCAUCGCAGAUUUCACCGUUUCAUCCUGAGUAUUCCAUUUCAACAGGAAGUUAUACAUUCUUGACAGAUUCUUAGUUUUGGGUUCUAGCAGUUCUGUUUCUAAUUUUGACUUUUCCACCUGGAAGCCAAUUUUCUUAUCCAAAUUAUAUGCCUCCAUUAUCUGAUAGUAAUGAAGCCAAUCUCUCACUUUGUUUUUUAGUUUUUCGAAACUCUGCAAUCUCAAUUUAUCUCCUUCUUGUUCCAAAGUUUCCCAAUAUGUUGGCCAUUUGGCCUCCAUAUUGAGCCUUUUCAGAGCUUUUGCUUCCAUUGGUGACAGCCACCUUGGGGUUUUAUUUUCCAAUAAAUCUUUAUAUCUUAUCCAGACAUUAAACAAUGCUUUCCUGACAAUAUGAUUUUUGAAUGCUUUGUGUGCUUUGACCUUAUCAUACCAUAAGUAUGCAUGCCAUCCAAAUACAUUGUUAAAACCUUCUAAAUCCAAAAUGUCUGUGUUUUCAAGAAGUAGCCAUUCUUUCAACCAGCAAAAAGCUGCUGAUUCAUAGUAAAGUUUAAAGUCUGGCAGGGCAAAUCCACCUCUUUCCUUGGCAUCAGUUAAUAUCUUAAAUUUUAUUCUGGGCUUCUUGCCCUGCCAGACAAAUCUAGAAAUAUCUCUCUGCCACUUCUUGAAACAGUCCAUCUUGUCCACAAUUUGCAAAGUUUGAAACAAAAACAACAUUCUAGGCAAUACAUUCAUCUUUAUCGCAGCAAUACGGCCCAGCAGUGAAAGCUUCAAAUUUGACCAUAUUUCUAAAUCUUUUUUCACUUCGGUCCAACAUUUUUCAUAAUUAUCUUUAAAUAAGUUCCCAUUUUUCGCUGUCAUAUUAAUCCCCAAAUAUUUCACUUUCUUAACCACAGUCAAUCCUGUCUCAUUCUGAAACCUCUCUCUUUCAAUCGGUGUUAAAUUUUUCUCUAAAACCUUAGUUUUUAGCUUAUUCAAUUUAAAACCUGCCACCUGACCAAAUUCUUGAAUUAAUUCUAAAACUCUUUUAGUGCUAGAUUCUGGCUCCUGUAACGUCAAUACUAAGUCAUCUGCAAAUGCUCUCAGUUUGUACUGUUUAGCUCCGACCUAUAUACCUUUAACCAACCGGUCCUUUCUAAUCAUGUUUAGCAGAACCUCCAGGACCGAUAUAAAAAGCAGUGGGCAAAUUGGGCACCCCUGUUGUGUCCCUUUUUCUAUCUUAAAUUCUUCCGUGGCCACAUUAUUUACAAUUAAUUUGGCCUUUUGUUCAGAAUAUAUUGCACCUAUACCAUUUUCAAAACCUUGGCCUACCCCCAUCCCAUGUAAGUUCUUCUUCAUAAAACUCCAAGAGAUAUUGUCAAAGGCUUUCUCCGCGUCCACAAAUAUCAAAGCUGCUUUGGUAUUUAUAUUCACUUCUAAUUUUUCCAGGAUAUCAAUUAUAUUCCUCAAAUUGUCAGACAAAUGUCUCCCCGGGAGAAAGCACGCUUGAUCUUUAUGGAUCUCUUCCAUCAAUACUUUUUUCAAUCUCUUGGCCAAAAUAUCAGCAAAAAUUUUGUAAUCCACAUUAAGUAACGAUAUAGGGCGGUAGUUCUUAAGCUGGGUCUUUUCAGUCUCUGUUUUCGGUAUAAGUGUAAUAUACGUCUCUUUCCACGACUCUGGCGCCCUUUUCCCUUCCAAUAUUUCAUUGCAGACUUCCUUCAAAGGUUGCAAUAACCACUCUUUCAGAGAUCUAUAGUAUCUGGAAGUCAGCCCAUCCGGUCCUGGAGAUUUGCCCAGUUGCAUAUUUUGUAUGGCACCUUCUACUUCCUGUUCAGAUAUUUUAUAGUUCAACAUUAAUUUACUUUCUUGAGAGAUUUUUUGUAGGCCAUUUGUCUUCAAAAAUUGGUCUAUGUCCAUUUCCUUCUGUGGCCCUUGUGUGUAUAAUUGUUUAAAGUACCUCUGGAAGCAAUUUCUGAUCUCAAUUGGGUUAUGUAUACUCUUUCCUUCCACUUCUAAGUUUGUAAUGGUAUUUAAUUUUUGUCUUUUUUUCAUUUGCCAGGCCAACAAUUUCCCGCAUUUGUUAGCUGAUUCAAAUGUUUUUUGUCUCAUUUGUUUAAUUUUCCAUUCUAUUUCCUGAUUCAUCAUUUCCAUAUAUUGUACUUGAUAUAAUUUUAUUUCUCUCAAAAUCUCCUGGGACUUUGGUUUUGCUCUCAAUUUCUUCUCGCCCUCUUUUAUUUUCUCAGAUCUCUCUUGUCAAGAUCAUCCAGUCCCACUCCCCUACCUGCACUUGGGGGUGGGGUUUUUCCCCCUGCAGAUUAACGUUUGCAAGACAGAUCACAUUAUGCUACCAAAAAAAAGAAGGUUGCAUGUUCUCUUUGACUAAGGAGCUAGCAGAGCCCUAGCUAGGUGAUCUUGCGCCCCUAGCAGAACUGUCCAAAUUGCGCCCCCUAGCCGCUGACAAAUUAGCUCUUCUUUCCGCCCCUCCUCCAAACCUCCCCCCCCCCAUUCAAUUCACCCUCUAUUUAAAACCUUUUCUUAUAAGGCAAUAAUCAAUAUUCUUAUUUACGGACAUAUUUUUAGCCAAUUUUGCGCCCCCCUCUCACCUGUGCCCCUGGGAGGGGCCCACCUGGCCACCCUCUAGCUAUGGCCCUGGGAGCCAGAACUCCAUUGUUGCUUGAAAGCUUAAAAUUAAAAGGGAGAGAGAGAUGUUUGGGAUAAAGUAUCUGUUUGCUGUGGGAAACACAGAAGUGAAGAGAACACACACACACACGGUUUACCAUUUUAAUAUCCUCCAUUGCGAAUGGCAGAGUCUGCAGACUUUGCUUUGGAGGCCAACAUGGAAUUGUUCACUCCCGUCUAUUCCAUGCAGCCUAGUCUGUAAGCUCCUUAGGAAAGCUUAGCAUUUUGCAUACCAAAAUAGUUGUCUGCUUUCCAUGGUGCACUCAGUAAGGAACUUUGCUUGGGUUUUACAAAAUCAUUAGCACAAUGUCCGUCAUUAGGGUGGGCAGGGGCGGCCAGAGGCCAAGAAGUUGCAAGGAUCCCGGGAGGGGGAGACCAGUGUGCCUCUUUGUUCUGCACAGAGAGACACACUGCACUGCCCAUCUCAACUCUCUGGUGAGGCCCUUCUCCAUGGCUAGCUCAGCCACUCAAUGUUUGGGGCAAAGGCCCAAUAAAACACUGCAUGAUGUUUUCAUAGGAGUGAAGUAAUGAUGGAUAUUAAUUAAGGGGCAAAGAUAAAACCAGUCAUCUGCUCUUGUUGUCCUCAUGUGUUAGACAACUGCUUUUUACUGUUGUAAAUCCAAGAUCCACAAUUGGAGGCAGCGAUGCUUCUAUAUACCAGUUACUGGAACCCACAGGAGGGAAAAGGGCUCUUGACCUUAGAUCCUGUUUGUGGGUUUUCCUUUGGGGUAUCUGAUUGGCCACUGUGAGAACAGAGUGCUGGACUAUAUGGACAAUAGGCCUCAUCCAGCAGGUUCUGAUUCCCUGAGACUGAUGCUUUACCUAUUUUGUUUGUCAGAAUUAACGAAAGGACGAGCUAUUGGUUUCUACUAAGGAUUGAGAUCCAAAUCUUAUGUUCCUGUAAUUUCAGGCGCAGCUCCCUCCAUAGUGGUUAGAAUUGGAUUGAAAUUGUUGAUAUCAUAAUCUAUGGUGUGAUCACACUUGGAAUACUGUGUACAGUUCUGGUUGCCUCACCUCAAAAGGGACAUGGUGGAGCUGGAAUAGGUUCAGAAAAGACCGAUCAAAAUGAUCAAGACGAAGGAGCAACAUUUGGGGCUGUUUGGUCGAGGAAGGAGAGGUAUAAAGGGACACGAGGGAGGAGAGAAUAAAGGGACACGAUAGAAGGGCAUUAAGAUAUGGAUUCCAUGUGGAAAGUGGACAGAGAGGUAUUUUUCUUCCUCUCCAAUUAUAUUAGAAUUUGUGGGUAUCCAGUGAAAAUGAAUGCCGGAAGAUUCAGGACUGAUAAAAGAAAGUGCUUCUUGACACAACACAUAGUUAAACUAUGGAAAUGUCUCCCACUAGGGUCAGUGGGAUGGCCACCAACAGAGAUGGCUGUAAUAGCGGAUUAGAUAAAUUCAUGCAGGAGAGGGAUAUUGAUGGCUAUGUUUUCCUGCACUGUUGGAGAAAGUUCUUGUUGGCAUCCGUCUGUCUCAAGCAUAGCAGCCAACUCCUAGGGGCCAUGGGGGAUUUAGCCCCCACAAUAAAAUAUCUGAGGGGACCGGCCCCCCACAAAGUUGACGGGCAUUCCCAUUCAAAUGGUGUGUGCGCACUGCGUCAUGCAAUCAAUUAUGCAGGGCUGGGUUUGCCUGGGCCCCCACAAUAUUUUAUUCAAGUUGGCACCCCUGGUCUCAAGAGACAAUGGAGUACACUUCUAGGGGUGAAAAACCGCUGUGUUAGCCGCAUCAAAGUGACCUCCCCGGGGCACAAACCUGGGCGGUGUGUAUAGACAGAGGUCCUGGGCUGCCCAAACGACAGGACCCCUCCUCAGUCUCACUAAUAUGGUCCAAAGGAAAGGCAGAGCAAUACAUUUGGCACCAGCUUGGCUGCAGGAGUUGCCAGAAGGAGGUGUACAAGGUGCCAUCCAAUUGCCUUUGUGACUCCAUUCCACAUUUGUGUAGAGUUUACUCCUUAGCCUUUUCUUUUCCUGAAGAUAUCCUGCAAGGUUUAGGAUCGGAGUUUUCCUUUUCCUUAGAUGGGCUACCUCCCCAGGUGGAUGAGUCCCAUCUCCCCUCACUUCCCUCUACAGCACAUGCAGAAACCGCCUUUUUGAAUGUUGGACCCAUUCUUGGCCCCGUCCACUCAAUCCGCCGGAGUCUGUCUCCACAUGCAGGGCAAAUCCCUAACUCACUGAGGGUUUCAGACCAAUCUGCUCCCCUCACCUGCUUAGCUGGCCAGUCGAGGCUGUUCCCAGGUGUGGCUGCUGUCACAUGCAGACAGCUUCUAGAGCCACAGGUGAAAACUGAGUGCAGGGUGGGGACCAAAGGUGGACAAACUAUCCUAGAAGGAGCAUGAUGUGUCCCCUAACACCUUUGAAUAUCACCGGUGGGAAACCGGGGGGGGGGAGUGCUGUUGUGCUCAAACCCUACUUUUAGGCUUCCCGCUGAGUCACCUGGUUGGCCACUGGGGACAGGAUGGUGGACUAGAUGGGCCCCCUUUGCCUCUCUUCUCGUGUUCUUUACUUCCUGUUUUCUCCGCAAUUCCUGAAGUGGAGCACAGAGAGAGCUUGCACAUCUCACUGAAGAUGUUGCAGAGCAGCACAGAGAUGGAGAAGCACAAGGCAUUGGAGCUUUCCACCCUCUCUGCCUCUGGUAAUGUAGUAACCAAUCCCUCCUUCCCCAACCUGGUGCCCCCCAGAUGCUAUAGACUACAGCUCCCAUCAGCUUGUUGGCUGGGAGGACACCAAGUUAGUGAAGGCUGACCCAAGCCAUGCUGAACAGAAGCAAUUUCUCACAUAUGUGAAACAAAUAGGCCAGCUGAUUCAGCCAAUUUUAAAUUUCCCAGAUCCAUAGGCAUAUCAAAAUAAAAUUAUUUUAUCAAAGCACCUGUUUUUCUUGUGGCAUUGUCAAAGGCGCUUCCUCAGAAUAGUUUGCAGCAGGCGUUGUCAUGUUUAACAUUUCUGGCUGUGAAGGGAUUACAUAUACUUUUAAAAGGUCCUGUUGUUUUCCAUCUUCUCUACCUCACUCCUCUCACUACACCCCCCCCCCGGCACCAACAGGCCCACCUCUUCUGAGGCAUCGCGUUUAUUUGGUAAGUUCACGUCAUGAGAGCUGAGGGCAAAGGAAAGGGCUUCCUAUGCCCUGUAAUCUGCUCAGUAAGCUGUGGAGUUUAACUAAACAGGGUGGAUAAAAUAAGUCUGAGGGUCUUGUUUUUUGCUGCUGCUGCAUUUUGGUUGGGGUUUUUUUGGGUGGGAGGGAGGGUUGUGUGUAGUGCUGUGAAUAUUUCUUCAGCCAGGAAAAAAAUGGGGGACAGAUUCCAAACAUUUCCAGGUAGGAAAUCAUUUCACAUAUUUUCAAUAUCUUGGGGUCUGGAAAGCCCUUUGGCUUUCACUUGAGAGUUUUUUGUAGUCUGCCUUGUGGUCUUGUUGAAGGUUUUGUUACCAUCUAAGGGACACCUGCGUAGGAGUCUUGAUUUGCCUUUUCAUCUCUUUACAGCCCAAGGGGAGGUUGGGUACUGGAUCUGACACUCCCAAAGGAACAAAUUUGGAUUGUGGAUGGCAACCCCAGGGGUUGUGGCGCAACCAAAUUCUUUCCCCUUAGACAGGUGUCUAAAUGUAAGAUGAAAGAGCAUUUUGGAAACUGUGGUGGCUGAAAUGGUGCACUGUCCACUCAGAGGAGAGGCACCGAAAAGAAUGUGAUAGACAACUACUCCAUGUAAAGCUACAUGGAUGCCUAAGCAAGUGUUGUGCAUAAAGGUCAGAGGUAGAAGGACUGGUGUUUUAAAUCAUCAUUUCUAUUCAUACUGUGAUUUCAGGUGUGCAUUUCUUGCCUUUGGCAUUUGGAUUUGCUGCUGUCUUUUCUUCCCCUCUAUCUGAUAGCCCCCAUAUGUUCUUCUUCAAAAGAGUCUAGGAAUCUUUUUUUUAAAAAAAAAAGAAGUACAAAAAUUCUGUGUCUAGUUUGAUUUGAAGCAAAGGAAACCAGGUGUCUGUCUUUAUGAGUGAUGGAAAGCAGUUAUACUGCUAGAACAUGUCAUCAGCUGUUAAUGAGGAGGGAGAUUGAGAUAUUUUGUGUCUAUAUCCUCUCUUGUGGUUUAGCUAGAGCUGAAAUUUUUUGAUUCUAUGGUACAAUUUGCUGUGCAGCCUUCAUCUGCCAUACAUAUCUGUUUCUUCUUAUGCAAAGAUUUAUGUGAUAUAAUUAGCUAGUCCUGAGGGGUAGCUAAUGCAUUUGGGUCUGAGAUUUAGUAGGCAGAAGCCUGUUUUAUCAGAUGCAUGAAGCUGGCAGAAAAGGUAGUGGCUAUAUAAAUGCAUGAGCUGAGAUACAGGGUAAGGAAAAGCAAGUAAAAAAUAAAUAAACUGUGAUCUGAUACUAGAGGCAUGAGACAUGUAAGCCAUGCAUGUGUGCUGGAACUUCAAAAUACCUAAGAAGCAGUUCUGAUAACAUCAAAUGAAGGACAACUGGGGGGGGGGGGCGGUUGUAGUGUGAGCCUUGUACAUUUGCACCAUGAAAUAGAGUGUUACUGAAUUCCAGGACCAAAGCAUCUCCCUCCCAAAUUCCCCUGGCAUCUUUUGUGUUGAAGUAUCAAAGGCCCUCAGAGUCUCCCAGUAGACCAGACUGCUUUCUGCAUGCUCUCUUUCUUUCAACCAGCCUUCCCUAACAUAAAGUCUAAAUAAACAUAGCAGUUACAAGAUCUCUCCAUUUGCAGAAGCAAUGGUAAUGCAUAAAACCUUCCUAUAACUUCCAUCCUCCCCAAAAUAUGCAUCCAAAUCACUGUGGGGUCUGUAUCUGAGACUGAGGUACUGCUUGCUGCUCAUACCAGUGACAGGCUGUCUUGGGGCGUGAAUACCCGUGUGCCACUCCAACAAAUAUACGGUAUCUUCUUAAUCAUGCAAGAGAGUACAGUGGUACCUCGGGUUAAAAACUUAAUUCAUUCUGGAGGUCUGUUCUUAACCUGAAAUUGUUCUUAACCUGAAGCACCACUUUAGCUAAUGGGGCCUCCUGCUGCUGCUGCGCCGCCGCUACACGAUUUCUGUUCUCAUCCUGAAGCAAAGUUCUUAACCCAAGGUAAUAUUUCUGGGUUAGCGGAGUCUGUAACCUGAAGCGUAUGUAACCCGAGGUACCACUGUAGCUGUAAAGCAGGGGUGACUACUAGCUCCUAGCCCUCUGGGACAAUUUCACUGGCCCACAGAGCCCCCACCAGUUUUUCUGGCAAUGGCAAUAUGAGGAGAAAUAUUGAAAAACACCACAGUGCUGAGGUGAGCAAAUCACCCCUCCUCAUUCCUCAGAUUGAGCACCUGAUGAGCAGAAGGGGGGGGGGACACCUCCACGGAUCAGCAGAGGAGUGAGAGGGGGGUCUGUGUGUAGGUAUCUGCCUCUGUGCGUACAUGUCCCAUGUACAUGUGAGAGUGCACAUGAGAAAUUGUGGCCCCCAGAGAAGAAUGUAACCCUUAGGCCCCAAAAUACUAGCCCCCGCUGCCUUAAAUAUGUGAGCAUCUGAGGCACUUUUGAAAUAUAAUGUCUUUAGAUAUAAGCAUAAUCAAUGUUUAAGGGUUUUUUUUUAACCCACCAAUCCAUAGUUGUUCUAUUGAAUCAGAGCUUCAAAAGAUUUAACCUGCUUCUUUUGGAAUCCUCCUUUUAAGAUGGAAGACACCCCCAUCGCCCAACUGGAGCAAUCAAAAAUGGAUUGUGUUUUGCAGACCUUCUGGUUCCUUCGGUGAUAGAGUUUAAAGCUUCUCCCCCCCCCCCCCCCCGUCUUCCAGGUGUGUUUUAUACUUGGCAAACACAGCUAGGCUUCAGUGCCUUUGUUGGUUUGACUGCAAAGAAAGAAAGGUCUUGUAGGUGAAUGAGCACUAAGAAUUUGCCCUGGCUGUUCUGUUUCCUGCCCUCCACAGCCACUCUCUCCGCUUUCGCAAAUGACUCUUUGUCUGCACCAGUGACCUCAAUCAGAAACCCAACACAAGCAGGUUUAGAGAGAGGAAAGACCUGUAAAACGACCCUAAGAUCAUCCAUUCACACAAUAUUGAAUGAUGGAGUUUCCUCCAGGCGGAUAGAAUGCCUCAUGGAUCCCAGCAAAAGCUGAAUGCAGCCGAGGUUACGUGUUGCCCAUAGACAGAUCGGCUUAGGCCUUAAGCUGGGGAAAUGGGAAAGGAAAGAAAAAAACCCUUAUUUUCUAUUUAAAUGUCCUCCUUUGUUUUCUGUUUGUUUCUGUGACUGGUAGUUUUGCUGUGAUGUUUUUUAAUUAUUAUUUUGGGUUUUGUUUUUCUAAUGCAGUAGCACACAGUUGAAAUGAACAAGCAGCUAAUAGGCCAGUUAACUGGUUAAGCUUCUGGAGCGGAUGCAAAGUGGGGGGGGGCCCUUCAUUUUUUUCUUUUUUUAAAGCAGACACAUAGAAUUGUAGAGUUGGAAGGUUCUAGGUCCUGGUGACUCUGUGCUUCCUCCAGAGUCAGAAACAGUAACCCUUUGAAUGCCAGUUGCUGGGGAACAGUAGCAGGAAAGAGCUGCUGCCCUCAUGCGCUCCUGCUCUGUGGCUCCCAGGGGGCCACUGUGGAAAGCCAGAUGGGGGAGCAGAGCUGUCCUUAGGAUCUUAAUCCCCCUCCCAUCCCCACAGCCUCGUUGUUUUAGUAUUUAAUAAUGGCUGCGUAUUGUGCACCCUUUGGCACCAUGGAAACAUGAUUUCUAAAUUUUAAAUAAAUGAAUAUGGAAAUGAAUAAAUGAAUAAGAAAUCAAUUGUACAGGGAGAUAAUUUUGCAAAUCCAAGAAUCUCUCAUUCCCAGGAAAGAUCUGCUGGUCUCCUGGGAUAUCUUAAUGAACCAUUAAAAAGGGAAAACUUUUUUAUUAUCAUUUGCUUGUGCUGUACCAGAAACAUUCAGAUUGAUUGACUGAUCACUUUUAUAUCCAGCCUUUACUCUUUCUCCCUUUCUCUUUCUCUUUCUCUUUCUCUCACCUCAAGAAAGCAUCACUUUAAAUGAGAACACCUUAAUCAAAAAUGAAUGUGCCACCAAACAUUUGACAUGGACAUUUGCAUGGCUGUUCUCCAUGAGCCAGUCAUGUGGCUCUCCUUUGGAAGGGAAUCCAAUAAGUAAAAUUCUGCACAGGAAGGUUUGGAGGAAGUCUUGGAUGCAAAGAAUCAGAAUCGCAAUUCUCCAUAAGUGAUUAUUGUCACAUACUCUAAAAUGGGAUACACGUUUUAAAAAUGUGCAGAAUGCAGCUGCAACAGAUUUGAGGGGAACAGUAUACUACAGACAGAUCAUAUAAUCCCUAUCUGGUAUGAACUGUUCUGGCUGCCAAUUCAAUACUGAAAUCAAUUCAAUGGGUUUUCCUUUCCAUGGAAAGCCCUGAACAGUUUAGGAGCCAGAUUCUUGAAGGAGCCCCUCCACCUAUAUAUGCCGGCUUGGGCCUCACAUUCUGCAGGAGAGAUCCUUCUCAAGUGGGAUGGGGCUCCUCUGUGACAGUGCCCUGGUAGUCCCACUCCUUUCUCCCAGGGGAAACUGCUCUUUAGCGCUCAGUCAGAGCAAACAGCCAUUCGAGUUUGGGCAGGACUGGUGUUUGCUCUGAUUUAGAGAUAAAGAGCAGGUUUUCCCUGGGAAAGGGGCAGCAUCAAGGGAAAACGACUCAGCCCCGUGCUUUCUAGACGUGGGACAAACAGAAUUGUGGGUGAGCCCUUAGUUGGUUAAAGUGCCAUUGGUAGGUUAAUUUCAGCACCACUUCUCUAGUUUGGGAAUAUAUGUUUCUUAAAGGAGCUUCACUCCAUAUAGCGUUCCACACAUUUUCUGCUAUUGGGAACUUUAUGUCCUGCACCAAAACCUCUUGCCAGCAUGCCUGUGGAACAGACGGUAAUCUUUUCACUGUUUUUAUUCACUGUGGGCUCAUCCACACUUCUGCUUUCCCGUGCCUAGAGAGGUUUUCCACUUGUCUCAUGCUUUCUAGUCAUGGAUUCGAAUGGUUUUCUGUUUGCUCCACUCCUUUCCCUGGGAAAACCUGCUCUUUACUGCUGACUUGGAGCAAACAUCAGUCUGUGGAAAACACAAUGGACAUUUGCACCGAUUCGAGGAUGAAGUGGGAAAGCAGCAGUACAAGUGGAAGUGUGGGCAAGCCCUGUGAUGCUGCUAUAGGCCAAAUGCAGCCUUCCAAGCCUCUCUGUCCAGCUCAUUGGACUAUCCCCAAACCAUCCGCCCUCCACAACCUUAUCCCCGCUCCUCAGGCCACGCCCCUCACCUGCCCUGCUUCACAUCCUUCUUGAGUGUUUUUGCCUGGAUAGAACUCUAAUAAUUCCUCUUUGUUUCCUGAAUAGCAAGUGUGUGGGCAAACUAGUCUACUGUACGGAGGUAACAAGUGGGCGUGAUCAUCCCACACUCUCCCCCAAACACUACCACACACCCAGGCACCCUCUCGUCUGAUGAUCCAUGCAGAUUGAAUGAGCACGGGGCUGUAUCACCCCCUCUUUCUGCUCAUCAAAUGUUCAAUCUGAUGAGUGACUAGGAGAUGAUUUGUUACCCACAGCAACAUGUGUCUUCUUCAAAUUAUCCCCCCACCCCCCACCACCGUUUGCCACCGUCAUCAAAAUCGGUGAUGGCAAAAAAUUAGGCCCCCUAGCUUGUAAACCCCUGAACUAGAUGAACUUUGAAGUUGCUUCCGGCUCUGUGAUUCUAUGAUAAUCAGUUUGAUGAAUCAAUUGCUUUUGCUUAAAUAUAUUUCCAUCACUUCUUUUUUUUAAGUCAUCAGUUAGAAUCAUAGAAUCAUAGAGUUGGAAGAGACCACAAGGGCCAUCGAGUCCAACCCCCUGCCAAGCAGGAAACACCAUCAGAGCACUCCUGACAUAUGGUUGUCAAGCCUCUGCUUAAAGACCUCCAAAGAAGGAGACUCCACCACACUCCUUGGCAGCAAAUUCCACUGUCGAACAGCUCUUACUGUCAGGAAGUUCUUCCUAAUGUUUAGGUGGAAUCUUCUUUCUUGUAAUGCAAGAACUCACAAAAACUAAAAAUUGCAGGCAUUCCCUUUUCUUGCAGUGUAAUACUGGCAUACAGAAUCGGAAACCAGUGCUUUUCUCCCAAACUAUGGUUUGAUUCAUAUUCACACUUAUAUUAUACAGGUUUAAUUUAUCUAAACAUUUAUGAUUAAUGACUAUAGUCUCCCCCCCCCCCCCGAUUGGCACACUCAUAACUCGUAAGUGCAUAAGAAGGAGCCUCCUGGAUCAGGCCCAUGGCCCAUCUCGUCCAGCAUCCUGUUCUGGACUAACCAGUUGUGGCCAACGAGAUGCCUCUUAUGGGGAGCCAGUAAACAGGAUCUGUGCUCAAGUGCAUUCUCCCUUCCUGUGGUUUCCAGCAAUUGAUGCUGUGGAGGCACAGCAUAACUGUUAUGGCUAGUAGAUAAUAAUAAUAAUAAUAAUAAUAAUAAUAAUAAUAAUAAUAAUAAUAAUAAUAAUUUAUUAUUUAUACCCUGCCCAUCUGUCUGAGUUUCCCCAGCCACUCUGGGCGGCUCCCAAUUGAGUGUUAAAAGCAAUACAGCAUUAAAUAUUAAAAACUUCCCUAAACAGGGAUUGCCUUCAGAUGUCUUUUAAAGAGAAGAUAGCUGUUUAUUUCCUUCACAUCUGAUGGGAGGGUGUUCCACAGGGCGGGCACGACUAGCGAGAAGGCCCUCUGCCUGGUUCCCUGCAACCUCACUUCUCGCAGUGAGGGAACCGCCAGAAGGCCCCCGGUGUUGGACCUUAGUGUCUUGGCUGAAUGAUGGGGUGAACCUGUUCCUUCAGGUAUACUGGACUGAGGCCGUUUAUGGCUUUAAAGGUCAGCACCAAUUGUGCUUGGAAACAUACCCCUCUUCUCCAUGAAUUUGUCUAAUCUUCUUCUAUAGCCAUCCGAGUUGGUGGCCAUCACUGCCUCCUGUGGGAGUGAGUUCCACAGGUAAUAUCAGGUACUAUUGGGAAAGUGCACAUCCCAAGAGGUUUCCAUUCAGGACCCCUUGCCAUAUCGCUGGAGAUGCCAAGGUAUAACUCCUCAACUGCUUGCACUCCCAGAGUUUUGCCCCACCAGCCUCUGCAUAAUUGCAGAAUUGCUUGCAUAAUCUGGGGCAGCCACUUGAGACUGCCGUGGGCACCACCGCCCACGUGAAGCAGACAGGCUCUCCAACUUUAAAAACUAUGUGGGACCUUUUCAUGUUCUUACAGUGGUAACAUUUGUAGUGACAUUUCCAGAUCAUUAGCAAGCUGUGAACUGAGCAAACUCAGACCCAGAAUUGUUGCUGCAGAGGAAGGAAGCUGCCUUAUAAGGCAGACCCUUGAUUCACCUAGCUUGGCUUUAUCAGCACGGCUUCUAAGGACCUCUCCCAGCUCUACUGAGAGACGCUGCUGAUUGAACCUGCGACCUUUGCAUGCCAAGCGGGUGCCACAAGCAACUCUUCUCCUAACACCAAGCUUUGGGUUGUUUUGUUAACAUCAACAUCUUAACCCCAAAGACCCUUUGUCCCACCUUGGGUGCUUUUGUGAUGGAAACCCUAAACCAGAAAUAAAUUUGCCAAGGCUUUGAAGUCCACUAAGCACUUGACGAUAUCACCUUCAUUCCAGUAGUUUGGCUUCAAGGUUCUUAGCAAGUAAAUCAGGCUAAUCUAUAGUAAUAGCGAACAUCCUAUUCUUUUGGGGCCAUUGUGAUUCUUUUGGCAGAAAACAGGAACAUUCUCCAGGAGGGAAAGCAAGUUGCACUUAGCACACAUUUGCCGCAUUAGGAUUUCAUCUUAUGACCACACACACAUAUAUAUACAUAUAUACACGCUGAAACACAAAAAUGCUCGCUGUUUGUACCCAGUGUGAAAGAACAAGCUGGAGGAUUUUGAGCACAGACAUUUUUAUAACCAGAUUAACUUCUAACACAUUAAAGCUAACUUUAUUGUAAGCAGAUAGUGCUCACCUGAGAUCCACCACAUGGCACCACGGCAUUCAGGCAUGAUCAGGCCACUUCCUGGUGAAGUUUGGACUGUGUGCAGCAGACCCACCUUGCCGUGAUGGGGAACUGAGUCAGUUGGUCUGCCCCUGGAGUCUCAUGUUACAUCUCUGAAUACUCGGGGCGGGCCAGGGGUGUUCCAGAGAGACUCUGUUUCGCUGUGAGGAGGUGAGGUGAGGAGAGCUAUUGACCCACUCUCUCCUGAGAGUCCACCUGUAUUGCAUCCUCGAUGAGCAAUCCAGUAGAGUUGUUCCAGGUGGUCCAAAGGCUAGCCAUAGCAGAAGUGAUGGGUGACCUUCUGGAGCACUCAGCACCAGUUUGCAUGGCACUCAGUGGAUUAAAAAGUUGCUCAGCUCCAUAGUGCCGUGCAAAUCUUGCAAAUUCAGUCAAGGUUCCAGUACUGUGCCUUCCCAUAUUUUAUGAGGUCUGUUUCAGUAUAUAUAGCCUGAUGGUGCCAAGAAGACACCUGCAAUGAUGUAACCAGCUUUCUCACUUGAUCCUUGUCCAUCCUGCCUGGUGAAACCCAGUCUGAGCAGGUUGACCAGGUGGGUCCAGGGUGUGGUGAUCGGCACCCACUGCAAUGGAACAGCACCUGCUUCCCUUAAAAAGGCAGUAAUGCACCCACUUCUGAAAAAAGCCCCCCCCCCCCGGGACCCUGGGGUUUGUAACAACUACUGCCUAGUCACAAGAGCAGCUGGGGGUGUGGGGGAAUGAGCUUUGGAGAAAUAAUCCACAUCAUCUUUGCUUGUCUGUGGGACAACUCAUGGUUUGCUGAAGAAACUUGUGGGUAAUGGGUGCAUUAGCCUCCCACUUGAAAUGCUGGUGAUGUUAGAACUCAAGCCUGUCUUCCAACAUCAAUAUUCGCAGUUCCUUUAUUUUCUGAAUUUGUUUUUAUGCCCAUACACACAUGUAGUCUAUGAACACACACUAGCUAAUGGGAUAAGGCCGUCCUGCCUGCUGCCUUGCAUGCCGCCAAAGAUCUAAAAACCAUGUGAGCGUGGAGAUUUAGAAGAAAAUCUGCCAAGCUUGUUCUCCGCAAGCAGCGCUGAGUGGGGCAGUCGAGCAGCCAGGAGCUUCCUUCACCCUUCCAGUUCCUUCACAGGGAGGCCAAUUGCACACCAUGCAUUUAAAGCACAAAGAGUCCUGGGAACUGCCCUUCAACCCUCACAGGUCUACCUGUUUUGCAUGCGUUUGUCAUUUAAAUUUAUUCAUUAUUUAAAUUUGUGUGCUGCUUUUCCAUACAGGUAUGCUCGAAGCAAAUCACAACAACAAAAAAUACAAGCAAUACAAGAACAAACGAAUACUAAAUCAUUUUGAAAUGUAACAUGACAGUCCAACAAACAGAUCGGUUAGAAUAUGUGAACUUUAUAACAUUUUAAAGUCAUUGUAAAACAAACUAAGCAUUGAAACAUAUCAAUUAAUGGCAAAUAUAAUGUAAAUAUAUGUCUUUUCUGUCCAAUUUUUGCAUCAGUCUUCGAUUUUAAAAUAUCUGUACAAAAUAUUCAUACUUAGAUAUGUACUUUAAAACACUUUUCAUCAUAAUUAUGGGGUGGGGGUAUACCCUCAUUUGUUCUUCCAAAAUGUUGCGGGAUAUGCUACGACUUAAUGUGAGUCAACAACAUGAGACAGCAGCAAAAAAGGCUAAUGCAGUUCUAGGUUGCAUCAACAGAAGUAGUGUCCUGAUCAACGGAAGUCAUAGUCCUGCUCUCUUCUGCCUUCAUCAGAGCCCACCUGGAAUACUGUGUCCAGUUCUAGGUGCCACAGUUUAAGAAGGAUGUUGACAAGCUGGAAUGGAGGCUGGGGGUUGGACUAGGUGACUCUUGGGGUCCCUUCCAACUCUGCAAUUCUGUGAUUCUAACUUCCACCAUCCCUGAUUGUUCUAGUUUGGAAUUGUAGUUUAGCAACAUCCAGAAGGCCAAAGUUUCUCCACACCUGCAAAAUACCUUUAAAGCACAUUCUUUCCCUCAGAGAGUUCUGAGGCCGAUGGUUUGUUAAGGGUUUGGGGGAACUGUAACUCUAUGAGGGCUAAACUAUCAGGCCCAGAAAUUAUUGGAGGGAAAGGAAUGUGUUUUGAAUGAGCUUUAAAGGCAUGGUGUACAAACAGCCCAAGUAUUAAAGACUUCUCAGGUACUCAUUUCCCUUUGUCAGUUGUUACAAGGAAAUUGAAGAAGGAAAGGAGAGAGAGAGCGGAGGGAGAUGGGGGUGCCGAGGAGAGAAAAAACUGAGGGCCUAUCAACAGUAAAAUCUUAGAGCAAGUUGUUGUUGUUGUUGUUGUUGAAAUUUAUAUACUGCCCUUCAUAAAAAGAUCUCAGGGCAGUUUACAAGUGGUUCAAUCCACCAAACUCUCAAGGAAAUCUGGGGACUGUUGUUUAUUUAAUAAAGGUGCUGGGAACCUGCCUUUCAGCAGUCACACAAGGCUCUGUCAGGUUAUUUCAGAGACGGUGCCAAGCCAAAUUGGUUGCUUAGCCAAGGAACAGCUUCUUCUUUUUAGUUUUUAUUAAAGUUUUGUUUUGUUUUGUUUUGUUACAAUAAAAAUAGCUAAACACGGAAAGGUACAUUUGUUGUCUCCACUUUCAGUUUGUAUGCUUUUCAGAGUUUGAUUGCAUUUAGUGAUUUACAUUUAUCUAUUUUGUCGUAUACAUCUUGCAUGAGGGAAAGGGAGGAGGAAAGAGAGAGUAUUGUUCUAUUGUCUGUUGCUAGUGUUGGGAUUUGUGUCAGUAUCACAUGGGUAGUCCUUCGUUUAUGUACAGUCAUACCUUGGGUUGCGAACGCUGUGGGUUGCACAGUACUGGAACGGGUUACUUCCGGGUUUUGGUGCUCGCACAUGUGCAGAAGUGCAAAAUGAUGUCACGCGCAUGCACAGAGGUGCCGAAUCACGUCACGCGCAGACACAAACACGGCGCUACGGGUUGCAAACGUGCCUCUCGCAUGGAUCACAUUUGCAACCCGAGGUAUGACUGUCUUUAUUUCUUUUCAUUGAUACUGCAAGAGGUUGGGGGUCCCAGAUUUGUUUGGUUGUGCUCUGUUGAUUGCAGUGUGGCUUGUUUGUGUGCGCGGGGGGGGGGGGGGGAAUAGGUUGUUGGAUGAAGUUAGCCAUACUGAGUCAUAUGCUGUUGGGGAGGAGAGGUCGUGCUGUCUUUUUGUGUGGUGUAUGCGAUAAAGGGAAGCCAUACUGAGAUGAAGGUGUCCUCCUUUGCUUAUCCCCAUGGUAUUUUGUGUUUGUUGGUUAACUUCUCUAGCAGGGCGGUUUUCCAUACAUUUUGGUACCAGUGGUCUAUGUUCACUCCUCAUAGCUCCUUCCAGUGUCUAGUUAUGAUAUUUCUAGCUGCUGCAAGUAACUUAUGAGUUCCUUGUCGUGUGUGUGUGUGUGUGUGUGUGUGUGUGCUGUCCUGGAGUUGCUUCUAUUACCUGUUUUGUUAUUUUGGAAAUUUCCUGCAGCCCUGAUAUCCAGAAAGAUUGAACUUUGUGGCAUUUCCACCACAUGUGGACGUGUGUGUCUAUGGAAGUGCAGUCUCUCCAACAUUUAGAGGAGGUUCCUGGGUGUAUGAGUGCCAUCUUCCAUGUUGCUAUGUACCAUCUAUGUAUAAGUUUUAGGGUGAGUUCUCUCCCUAAGUAAUGUAAGUAAUAAAUUAUUAUUAUUAUUAUUACUACUACUACUACUACUACUAUUGGCUGAGAUGUAUUUAAAUGGUGGUCUAUAGUCUAGACCAUUGGGUAGGGUUUAAUUCAUAUCCUAUGUCAUGCUUCCUUGGUUUUUAAUCGUGGUAAGGAGGUUUGUAGAGUCUUGGAGUAGUAUUUUAUAUAUUGUAGAGGCCACCCCUCUACUCUGUCCCUCCAUUGUUAGGAGGAGCUUCUCAAAGCUAGUCAGUGGCCUGGUGGCUGCUGUUUUUGUAGCUGGGUUGUUUAGGAAGGCUUGUAGUUCGUGCUAGGGUCAGCCAGAGUAUUGGAGUGUCCCCUAGUUUAUCUUGUAUUUCCCGUGUUGAUAUGGGGUUGUGAUAUUUGUAAAAGUCGGUAGGCAAUAUAGGCCUUUAGUUUGACAGGUUUUUAUUUGGCUGCUUUGGGAUUCUUGGUAGAAUAGUGAGUAUUGGGCCAGGGGAAUUAGUGGCGAUGGGAAUGGCACCAGUUUUCUUGCUUUUUCCUUCCAUGCUUUAAGCAUUUAUUGUGUGGAUCUGUUUAGCGUUGUGGGAAUUUUCCUUAGUUUGUUUUGGAGGAAUGGAUUCACUGUAGAGGGUGGGUGUUUCCAGUUUUAUCUAUCUUCAUGUGCACCCAUUGUUUCAUUUCGUCUUUGAGGAUGUAUGGGAUUAUGUGAUGCACUUUGUUGGUCAUGUAACAGCCUUAUUGCAAAAAGAACAGUCUAGAACAGAACUUUCCAAACUUUUCAUGUUGGUGACACACCUUUUAUGCAUCAUUUCGCGACACACUAAUUCAGUUUUACUAGUAAACCGGCGGGCUGCCCACUCCGUUUCCAGUCCUGGGUGGGGCAUGGAGAGCAUUUGUGUGGCACACCUACACACUGCAGCCGAUACACUAAUGUAUCAUGACACACAGUUUGGAAAGCUCUGGUCCAGAACAACAGUAUGGCUCAUGGCCUCAGCUGGACACAGUACCACCUAUUGUUGGAAGGACAGUAUAACAGUUAAACCUACACCACAACUUACAAAGAUUACAGUGGACGCUCGGGUUGCGAACGUGAUCUGUGCAGGAAGCACGUUUGCAACCCGCAGACCCACGUCUGCGCACGCACGGGUUGCGAUUCAGCGCUUCUGCACAAGCGCCGAAACCCAGAAGUAACCCAUUCCGGUACUUUCAGGUUCAGCGCGGUGCACAACCCAAAAUUGCGCAACCCGAAGCAUCUGUAACCCGAGGUAUGACUGUACUGUAAUUGGAGGGAAGGUAUUGCAGUCAAUCCUGCCUUAAAUAUACUGAUGGGAGUUGUAGUCAAAAACAGCUGGAGGCACCAAACUAGGAAAGGCUCUCACUACCACCAAAAGCAGAUUAGGUUUGGGUUAGCUCAGCCCCACUGACAAGGUUCAAGGUGGGACCUCCAAAGCGUAUAUUAGCAUUUCACCAUAGCUACAUUCCUUGCAACAAACCCUACUCUCUUACUUGAUCUUUAAUUGAAGAACUGAAGGGAGACAGACUUUCUGCUGGACAUCAGGCACCUGCCUUGCCCGGCCCUCCAGCCCUAGGAGCCUUUCCCAGACCAUGACUUUGAGAAUAGCAGAAGCAACUGGAAAGAGAGUAGCUCAGGGAUAGUUGAAAAUAAAUAAAUUAUAAGUUGUGUGUCCUUGUUUCUCAUUUUGAUCCUUUUAAAUGGUUUUAUAUGUUUUGUGGUAUUUUAUGCAUUGUGAUUUGCUGUGGUUUUUAUUGAUUAUAGAUUAGUAAUUCUUUAUUGUAAUUGAUAAGUGUAAACUGAUUAAUUAUUACUGGUAUUUGCUGAUGUUUAAUUUUACUGUUUCUAUUGGAUUCUAAUGGAUUAUUGAAUAUUGCUUUUUUAUAAUAUUUUAUUUUUCCAUUCUACAAUAUUUUAACAACAAAAUAUAAAUAUAAACAAAUUGAACCUGCUUUUUCUUUUACUUCCCUCCUCCCCUCUGUGUGGUUCCUCAUUUUAAUUUAGUAAUCUUAUUGCAUAACCAAUUCAAACCUAUUUACAAAUGUAACAUUUUUGCUCCCUUAAGUUAUUUCUUACUGCUCAUGUUUAUGUCUAUCCUGCUAGUGUUUUUAAUUGUUUAAAAUUUGUUUUCAUAUACAACAUUAUAUGUUGUAGUCUUGUUGGAACCGCCCUGAGACCUCCGGGUAUAGGGCAGCGUAUAAGUUGAAUAAAUAAUAAUAAUAAUACUGAAUAUGGCUUUAUUUGAUAUAAGUUGUUUAUUUUAAAGUUAUUGUGACUUUUUAUAUUGGAUCAGAUUGUUACUAUUAAUGUUUGAUUUUAUUUUUAUUAUUUUUAUGUGUGUUGGAAGCUGCCCAGAGUGACUGGGGCAACCCAGCCAGAUGGGCAGGGUAUAAAUAAAAUAUCAUCACCAUCUCUUCUAGAUGGUUUUCUAGAGCAACUGAACUGAAAGUUUGGAACAUGUGAAUAGCACCUGCCUGUCACUGAUUAUCUUUUCCAAUCUUGGCUCAGUGUCUCCAGCUGCUGAACGCCUCCGGUAUAUACUGGGUGAAGAUGACGAUCCCCCCAACCCCACCCUGUUCACUGAGAUGGACACGCUCCAGCAUGAUGGAGAAGAAAUGGAGUGGAAGGAAUCAGCCAGGUAUGGAAAAAGCGGGAGGGUUGUAAGCAGCUGCUUCUCUUGGGUGACUCACACAUUUUCCUCCUGAGGUAUGUGCUCUUGAAGGAAGAAGGCCUUUGCUGGAGGCAGACCAUAAUUUUUAAGAGAGUAGAACCUGGUUUGAGAGAUGCCUUGAUUCACAAUCAUCUUUGCCACGCUGUCACUUCUGGGCAAACUAAAAGCUGCAAAAUAUUAUUUAUCAGGGGUAAAAGGAUUAUUACCUUGUCCAGUGAUCCAAAGUGAGUGUUUGGGGUGUGUGGAGAAAGCUAUUGAAAGCCUUCAGUCCUAGCCUGUUUCAUGUGCUCAUUGCUUUCUGUUUUGCAACCAGAACAGAAAUUAACACCCCGAAAGCUGGUCCACGCGUAACAGGAAGCCAUGGUCAGAUUUUGUUGGACCAGCAUGGAUCCUUCAUGGAGGGGAGGGCUAUUGAAGGCUACCAGCCAGGACAGUCCUGCUCUGCCUUCAUAGCUGGAGGCAGCAAUGCUUCUGAAGACCAACUGCUGGAGACCGGGGGGGGGGGUCCUGCCUGCUGGUUUCCCAAAGGCAUCUGGUCAUCCACUGUAAGAUCAUGCUACUGAACUCGAUGGGCCAUUGGCCUGAUCUAGAAGGGUCUUCUUAUGUUCUUAAAUCCAUUCUGCUGCUACUGGGCUCAGGCUUGGAGCUGAUUUUGAGGGCCGCAGAUUGGCCAACCCCCUUUAAGAGUUUCCUUUACCAUUUCCUCCCUGCAUUCCUGCUCCUGCAUGGAGGCUGCAGCCAACUUCAGUGACUUUCCCCUGCCACUACAUACACACACUGUUUCCUCCGGUUUCUCCAGUUGGCACCCAAUCUCCUCUGGCCAUCUCCCGUCCCCGCAAACUUAGAGCUCUCAGAGUGAGAUCCUAAGCACAUUUACUAAGAAGCAAGCCACAGUGGGGUUUGCUUUCAAGGAAAUAGGCUGUUGAGUCUGAAUUAAACAUUAUCUUGGCAGUGUGCAAGUCAGUUCCCUUAGGCCAGCCCCAUGCUGAACUGGUAGCAUAAAUCUGAACUAUGUGAAUAAGUCACAAGAAAAAGCCACCUUGCUAUGAGCCUUAUUUGCAGCCAGCAGUUAAAGAGUUAACUUUGCUCUUUUAUUGCAAACCAAUAAAGUAAACCUUUUAAAAGCCCCAUAACUUUUAUCAAAGUAUUAAAGAGAAUGCAAGAUGUCCUUACUUUAUUGAAUUACCAGCUUACUAACUUUUUCACACAAACGAAAUCCACAUGGAAUUUCCUUUUCAGCUGAGGCUUUAUAACCAGUCGUUUUUUCAUUAUUAUUAUUAUUAUUUACUAAAUUUCACAUCCUGAGUUUGAGCAGCAGGGAGGGGAAGAGUCGGGGACUCGAAUAGCAGGUUUGAGCCUCGCUGAGCCUCUCAGUGGUGAAGAACAAAGGGAUUUGUGGGUGUUUAUGCCAUGUUUAAAUGGGAUCAAUGCCGUGAGGUCAGGCAGUUAAUAAGAUAGAUUUUGAUUAACUCUGUCUCCCUCUGCCCCACAUGCCCCGCAGUGGCUCCAAGCUUGCGCCACAUAAUGACCUUGUCUAAUGUGCUCCCUCAGUGCCAGGAGAGACGGGGCAGGCAGAACCUUCAUACUUUGGUUUUGUAUUCAGAAUAGCUCCUGUAUAUCAGAGCUGCCAAAAGCUGCUUCCCUGUUGUGUGAAAGCAAGAAAUAUAAUGCAGAAAUUAAAACUAGGGAAAUGUCAGAAAAACAGAACCAACUGCCAUACGAAUGCAGCCAAUAACUCAAAAUAUCGGAAGGGGAAAAGGCUGCUCCAGAGAACCGAGAAGAGGGGGGGUCCCUGAGGGUACAAAGGGUGACCAUCCGCAUUCUAGGUAGCUGUGAUAAUGAUUGGUUAAGAAGAAUGUCCAGUAUGGUUAUCAAGGAGAAGGAGGAGAUUUUCAAAAGCAUGGAGUUUUCUUCCUAGCACACGGGUUAACAAUGUCGAGACUCUGUUGGGCGAUACUGAAAACCCCCCAGAAAAGGCAACAGCCAUGCUCUGGAUAAGCACAGCUUGAGUGAGCCCUACAUAACAGAAACAUCUUAAUCCCUGGUUUCUAAGCAGAGCCCGUCCAAGAAAAUUUGCUGAGUUAGGCAAAAGGCAAGAGAACAUUGUUGGGCUUCUUGGGGGGCUUUCCUAUAUAGACACUUGGGUGGCCGCUUUGAGAACAGAGUGCUGGACCAGGUGUGCUCUUGGCUUGAUCCAGCACGCUCUCCUUAUAUUCUUGAGAGAGAGAGAGAUAGCUCUGCUCUAACAGAGGAGAAUAUUGUGGGAGAGAAGCUAAGGGCCUGUUACUGCGGCCUCCCAGCGUAACGCUGCUUGAGGUGAUCUCCAGAAGGUAGCGCCGUCCUGUCACAGCCGUGCUAGAUUUCAGUGAGUCCCAGAAGGUUGUGCUAGCCCCAAGCCCUCUUUGCAUUCAAGUUCCACUCACAGACUUCCUGGAGGAAUAUGAGAACAGGAUGCAACACUGGAUGAGUCCUUGGCUUGUUACUGCAGUGAGACUCUUCUUACAUUAUUACGUUCUUUAAAAUCACAUGUCCCCUAUCAUGGAUCUAUCAUGACAGGGCAGGAUACUGUCCAUUGAACAUGUGGAGAUUAACCCAUCAAACACUCAUACGUUACUGUUUCCAGGGUGAGAGCACUGUGCAUUUCCUGUUCUACAAACAAAAUGCCAGUGGCUGAAACUGUUUGAAUUUCUGUACUGCUGCCACAGUCCACGAGGAUAUCUGCUUGCCUCUCUUUGUCAGCAUUUUAGCAUUGCCAGCUCAGGAUUUCCGCUCUCCUUGACUUAGGAAUCCAGAUCAGGAAUUUAGCUGCAGGGUGCCUAGGCUUCGCUUCACAUAGUAAAAGGCUGGUACUUUGCAAAUGAACCUUUGGCAAGUCAAAAUAGGAAUUUUCAUCCUCAGAGCCCGGCACCAAUCAAAAUGGCACAGUUGCUUUAAAUAGAAAGCUCCCAUCCUAAACAAUCUAACUUAGGGCUUGGCCGUACCAAAGGCAGAUCUAGGAGCCACUGAAAUUUGGGGUGCCAAGGCCUGCCACUGGCCACACUUCCCUCUGCACUUUUCAGGCAUGUUCUGUGUUUUAAAGCUCCGUGUCUGAGUGUCUUUUUUGCUCUGGAGCUUUCCCUGCAAAAACCCACUAUUUAAAGCUGAAUUGGAGCAAACAGCAUUCUAUGGAAAGCCCAAAUAAGGCUUGGUUUCCAGACCAUUGAUCAUCUUGGUCGCCCUCCUCUGCACACGUUCCAGCUUGUCAAUAUCCUUCAUAAAUUGUGAUGCCCAGAACUAGACACAGGACUCCAGGUGGCAUCUGACCAAGGCAGAAUAGAGUGGGACUAUGACUUCCCUCGAUGUGGACACUAGACUUCUCUUGAUGCAGCCUAGAAUAGCAUUAGCCUUUUUUGCUGCUUCAUCACACUUGAUAACAGCUCCCAGUGGCUUCAGAGAGAUGGUAAAUGGCACCUAAAGAUAUUUCUGUCAGCUGUGUUAGGACCCACAGUCAUGGAGGCUGGUCCAUUAGGGCAAAUGAGGCACUGGCCACCAAAUUUCAGCCAGCCCCUACCCACCUGCCUGUUUCCUUACAUCCAGUGCAGCCGAGUGACUCUGCCUGUCAUUGGUUCUGACUCCACCUGCUGGUGGUCCCAGCCACCACUUGCCCACAGGCAAGGCAGCCAUUGAACUCUGUAGUUCUCCAGCUAGUUGAAAGCUGAGAAACUUUCACAGCCUGCUCUUUGUUCUGGAUUAAAUUGCAAAGCAGGAGAGUAUUUUAUGAGCAUUUAUUAGGGUUAUUUUGUUUUGCUCUAAUAAUUCUGAAGCAAUAUUAUCAAGAUAGGCUAAACAUUUGCCUCUUUGAAUAAAGGGAUUUGCACCUUUGGCAUGCAUACCUGGUACAGAGGAGCGUAGAACCAGUGAGUUGGCCACAUAUCAAAGCAUUCCUGAAGUACAUGUGCUUUGAAAUGUGUGUGCUGGGGGCGGGGAGAGGGAAUGACUUCCCUGCCCUCCUUUGCCUAAAAAUGGCACAUCAACAGGCAAGAAACAUUACAGCUCACUGUAAUGGUCCUACUUUCCUGGUUAUAUACAGUACUGCAAUGCUAAGGGGGUAGGGGUGGGGGAGUAAAAAGAGAAUAUUCAUGUCUACAUAUCCCACUUUUAAUUGUUAUACUUGUAUUGCACACAGAAAGAUAAUAACAGCCAUGUUUAAAAUAUGUUGCCUUUGACUUGUGGUGCCUUCUUCCACAGAUGCUUUGGAUCACAACUCAUUAUGUACUUCUGUGACACUGGUCACUUCCAGACAAACUGUUUUUUGGGCAUUCAUCCUGCACUGUUUGUACAAAGUUUGCAGGGAAGUUAUUCAGCCUUUGUUGUGCAGUCAUUCUGAUUUCCCCAUUUCUGUGCACAUGCCUGGCUCCUGUCUUCUGAGGAGAAUUUGCAAAGGAAGACUUGAUGUUAAUUGGUUGCAUAGCACAAUUCAUGUUCGUGAUCCUUUACAAAUUAUGAAAAGGAAGGUCCCUGCUACAAGGUGGUUACAGCCUAUGGCCCCCUCUGCAGUAUCCAUUUAAAGCAGGGUCAUAUGUACCACUCUGAACUGUCAUGGCUUCCCCCAAAGAAUCAUGGGAACUGUAAUCUGUCCAGGGUGGUGAGGGUUUUUAGGAGACCCAUAUCCCCCCCCCCAAUGUCCAGAAGGUUUAACAAUCAAUCCCUCUUCCCAGAGAACUCAGGGAAGUGCAUCUCUGUGAGGUGAAUAGGGGUCUCCUGUCAACUCUCAGCACCCUUAACAAACGACAAUUCCCUUGAUUUUUUGAGGAAAGCCAUGGCUGUGGCCAAGUGGCAUGAGGAUCAGGAUUAAAUCAUAUCACUUCCCCACAAAGAAAUCAGAAUGAACGCUCACUAAAGAUGGAAAGAUGUCAGAUUCUCAAUUUACACAGGGAGCUAAAAUUUUGGGCCUACCAAAAUGGAGCUCUUCUGCUGUUUUAUUGAUUCUUGUACACCACCCAGAAGAUUUUGGUCAACAGGCAAUCUAGAAAUAAAUAAAACUUUAGUCCAGACUUUUGAACAUACUGUUUUUAAAAGUACCCCCUCCCUUAUGUAGGAUCACUUGUAAUGACUUCUUUAAAGCAGUAGUUUAUAACUGAAUGACAGUUGUAUGGGGCUCUUCCACAUGACCUGUUUAUUAAGUGUUCAUCCUUAUAUAUAGCCCAACGUGGUUAUGUAUAGUUAUAUGACGUUGCUGUUUAUUGAGCAGCACUCAAUAAACUUGGAUUACUUGGAUUUGUUUGCAUGGAGGUUAUAUUCAUCGCCCAGUAUCACCAUCAUCCCAGACGUUCUAGUGCAUUUUCCUGUUACUUUUCAUAACAUAAAAGCAUUGGGGAGUUGUUUCAUUUUUGAGAGUGGACUUGUUGCACAGGGGCUCCAAAUCCACUUUAAUUGCACAGCCUAAAUUGGCUGGUGUACAAUUUAAUUAUACGUAUCUGCAAAUUAGUGACAGUCUGGAAGUGGCCAUAAAUCGUUAAAUGGCACUAGUACCAGCAAUGCAACAGACAUUUCAUUUUGUUUAACAAAAAGAUGACUGCCUUGCAUUGAUUAUUUGGUUAUUACUAUUGGCAACAACAACAACAACAACAACUAUAGCAAAUACUCUUAAAAUACACUGUAUGUUUUUGCAGUUUUAUCCUGAAUGCUGCCAAAAGUGAAAAUUUCCCCAACAGCUGCCUUGCCUCUUAACAGAACUUAAGCAUGCUGUUCCAAGAGACACUUACUGUGUGAUUGCACACACAGAUUGCAGACAUCUAUAAUGUUGGUGGCAACCAGCUCAGACCUCACACACUGAGCUUAUAUGGUAGACUGAAAUACAACAAUAGGCUUGAUUAGCUUACUCCCAAGGGGAGAGGGAGUGCCCUAGCUAUGCCUGGCAUACUCUAUGGCAUUAACCCCUUCAUGCAUUAAUAAGACAUGUUGGUCAUACCACAUGUGUAUCAUUUAUGCUGAGCACUAGUAAUGUCUCAUCUCCUUCAUCUUUGUUUCAGGUGGAUUAAGUUUGAAGAGAAGGUAGAAGAAGGAGGGGAGAGAUGGAGCAAACCACACGUGUCAACCUUAUCUUUGCAUAGCCUCUUUGAGCUACGCACUUGCCUGCAGACGGGUACCGUGAUGCUUGAUCUAGAUGGCUACUCCUUGCCGCAAAUAAUAGGUAUGAACCUCAAACAUGCAACUAUAAGCACAAUCCACUCAGAAGCUGCUGAGCAAAUCAAUGAGGCAUUCGGAAGUUACUGCUGAGGUUCCUGCAUUGCAGGAGGUUUGACUAGAUGACCCUGGGUGCCUUCCAACUCUAUGAUUCUGUAAUUCAACCAAUAAUGAGGGGUGGUGUCAGGACCAUCCUAUUCUCACCGUGGCCAACCAGGUGCGCCAAUGGGAAUCCUGCAGGUGGGGCCUGAGAACAGUGGUCCUCUCCCCACUUGUCAUUCCCAGCAGCUGAUUUUCAGAGUCAUUCUGACUCAGACAGUGGAGCUAGAACAUAAUUGUGGCUAUUAUUAUUUAUUAAGCUUACUCGUCUCUAUUUUUACAAAAGCAACUCAAAGUGACUCACAACAAGCAGUAGCUAUUGAUAGCUUUAUCAUCCAUGAAUUUGUCUAAUCCUCUUUUAAAGCUAUCCAGGUUGGUGACCAAUGCCAUGACUAGUCCAGUGCUUCCCGAAGUGGGCAAUACUUCCCCCUGGGGGUGCUGGGACAAUCCAAGGGGCUAGUAGCCUGGGUGCAACUGGGGGGCACUGAAUAAAAAUACAGGGGCGGAAGAAGCAUAAAGAAACAAGAGAAGAAAAUUUUGAAAACCCGUUCAUACAUGUUUCAUCUAUUGUGUAAUGACGCUUACCACCAGAUCGGGUGCUGUUGCAGGAUGGCAAAAAACGCCUCUCCUGGAUCCAUCGGUCCUGUUAGAGGCGUGGGGUUUGGCCAGGCUUGGGGGAACCCUUUUUGGCUUCCCUCAGGCCCAGGAAGUGGAUUGCAGCUUGCCUGCCUAUUUGGCCAAUGGCAGGCGGAUUGGACUGAGCCGGCAGGCUUCACUCCAGUCUGCCCCAUGGGUUUUAAUAAAUAAUUUUAUAAUUUCAAGCUUCAAGGUGCCUUAUUUACAACAACAUCUUUCUUUACUAUGUUGUAGGACAUAGGGAGAAACUAGAGAUACAUAAAAGAACAGAAAUUUAUCACUUUGUUUGCUUAAAGGAGAUUUCCAGGGGGGCACUGAGUAUUUUAUUUUUUCUGAAAAGAGGAUUUUAUUAUUUGCAUGGCUGCAACCCUUUGUCCUCCGGAAGCAGCCAUGGGCAGCAAACAACAAAGUAAUAAAACAGUACAAUUAAAAAUAAAACAAAAACUACUUUAAAAAAUUUAAAAUAACAAAGAAUAUACUUUUAAAAAUUAAAACGUUAGGAACAUCUAAGUUAAAAAAACAAACUCAAACCAGUCACAUACUGUCACAGCUAAUAAUUUCUAGGUUGCUAGGCGUUUUUCAGUCAUCAAAUUUCUGGGUGAAUGGGAAUGUUUUUAUAUCCCUCCUUCAUGUUAAUAGUGAGGCGGGCAAGCACACCUCAACCAGGAUACUCCACAGAUGGGGAACCACCACUGCCGCAAAUAAGUCCCUGUCACGGGUCAGUGGGUUAGUGAAAUCACUAUCAAAGUAGCAAAAUCCUGAGUUAUCAGCCUGUAUUUCUAGGAACUGGGUGGUCAAAUAUCUUUACCAACCAUACUAGCACUCAGGAAUCCAUUCUAAGUGUGACUGUGAAAGUACAAAAACACACACACAUUUCUUAGUCUCUUGACAUGCUGUUCAUCCCAAAUAGCUGAUAGCUAGCUGAAUGAUAAGGGACGCGGGUGGUGCUGUGGGUUAAACCACAGAGCCUAGGGCUUCCUGAUCAGAAGGUCGCCGGUUCAAAUCCCCGCAAUCCCCAUGAGCUCCCGUGGUUUGGUCCCAGCUCCUGCCAACCUAGCAGUUCGAAAGCACCUCAAAGUGCAAGUAGAUAAAUAGGUACCGCUUCAGCAGGAAGGUAAAUGGCGUUUCCGUGCGCUGCUUUGGUUCGCCAGAAGUGGCUUAGUCAUGCUGGCCACAUGACCCGGAAGCUGUAUGCCUGCUCCCUCGGCCAAUAAAGCGAGAUGAGCGCCACAACCCCAGAGUCGGCCAUGACCGGACCUAAUGGUCAGGGGUCCCUUUACCUUUAGCUAGAUGAUAGAUGGAUAGAUAGAUAGAGAUGAUAGGUGAUAGAUAGAGAUAGAUAGAUGAUAGAUGAUAGAUAUAGAUAGAUAGAUAGAUAGAUAGAUAGAUAGAGAUAGAUGAUAGAUAGAUAGAUGAUAGAUAGAUGAUAGAUAGAUAGAUAGAUAGAUAGAUAGAUGAUAGAUAGAUAGAUAGAUAGAUAGAUAGAUGAGAGAUGAUUGAUAGAUAGAUAGAUGAUAGAUAGAUAGAUAGAUAGAUAGAUAGAUAGAUAGAUAGAUAGAUAUAGAUGGCUAGAUGGAUGGAUAGAGCCUUAUUUGGCACUAACGAGGCUUAUGGCAGUGACUUUCCCCCUCCUCCUGCGGCAUCAAGGAUUGUCACAGUUAAGUGCACGACCUGGGAUGGGGUGGCCCUGCAGACCAGUAACAUGUAUGAUGUCUCCCUCCCAGAUGAUGUCAUUGAGAAGCAGAUAGAAGACGGCCUGCUGAAACCAGAACUGCGCGAGAAAAUAAGCUACGUGCUCCUGAGAAAACACCGUCAUCAGACCAAGAAACCCAUCCACCGAUCCCUGGCAGAUAUUGGCAAAUCUGUCUCAAACACAAGUGAGUGCAUUCUGCACAGGCAAGGUGGAAGAGACACAUUUGCAGUGGUAGUAUAGACAGAGGUUCACCCUGGGUGCAUUCCCACACAUAGUUCUGUUGUUGUUGUUGCAUUUGUAUCCCACCUUUCCCCCAAGGUGGCAUACAUGGUUCUCCUUUCUCCUCAUUUAAUCUCCACAGGUAAAGGUAAAGGACCCCGGGUUAUGUCCAUCCUAUGAGGGAGGUUGGGCUGAGAGGAAGUAACUGGCCCAAGGUCACCCAGUGAGCCCCGUGGCCGAGUGGGGAUUUGAACCCUGCUCUCCCAGGUUCGAUUCUGACACUCUAACCACUGCUCCACACUGGCUGCUUCAUAUCCAGAAUCAUAAUGUAGGCAAUGUAUAGAAACAUGCCACAAAUUAGGUAGAGUGAGGCAGCUGCCUCAGGUGGCAGAUGCUGGGGGGUGGCCAUGAGGUGUCAGAAGACAGAGAUGUCCAUGCCAAAUGCCCGACCACCCUACGCUCCCUUAAGCAAGCCUGCUGCACUCGGGGGAGGACACUGCCCUGUCAAUGGUGCCCGUCCAAUCAGCUUUUUGGUCUAUGGAAUAGGGAGAGGUGCCAUCUUGUCCUUCACCUCAGCCAGGAAAAUGGUUUUCAUGGAGUUGCAUGCCCAUCCGAAAACAGAGGCAUUGAGGCAGUGAUGAACAAUUUGUUUUGUUCAUUGUCUCAAAAAGAAAAAUGCAAAGUGUAACCUUUCCAAGGUGUCAAGCUGAUCCUCUCAUUUCCAAUCUUCUUUCUUCGUGUUUGCAGAUCGUAGCCCUGUCCGGAGUCCAGCUGCAGGGGCCAGCUUUCAUCGUUCGUCAGAAGAUCUCAGAAUGAGGCAGAGCGCAAGUUAUGGGCGAUUACGUGAGUUUCUUUCCAGUUCUUCCUGUCACAGAAUGGCGGGAGAGAACUCAGCAGGCAGGGAACAACUUACUGUGGCAACCCCAUGUCCUGGCACUUGGAGGAAGGCCCUGGCAUCCUUGUCCUGAUACACUUCUGCACAGGUGCAUGUCACUGUGGUACCAGGAUAGCAGGAUGAUGGAGGAAAGCCAUGAUUUCUGGUGCUGAGCAUGGGGCCAGGCGCAGUGAAUUUCCUUCAGUUAACCACAGCUGUUGUGAUGUUUGAAACACCUUUCACUUGGUCAGAAUAACAGCAGCUGCUGGGGAACCACAAAAGAGGAGUCCACAGGCUAGUAAAUUGCACAGGCUUAUAUGGAGGCAUUUCCUUGACUGAGCUUUACUAGUACAUAGAAAUUAAGUCACGUAACUAGCAGAGGUUACAGUUAGAUAACUAGGCCUUAUCAGGCAGAGCAAAAGUAGUAUCUCAGGUGCAGAGAGGAAGAGCAGGACCAUAAAACUCAUCAGCAAAUUCCUUCACACAUCUUCAAAGACCACUUGGCUCCUUUUCCUCUUUCUUUCAAUAUCCCCUCCCCACACUUUCUUUUUAAUGCCUGUAUAUUGUAAGCUAUCUAUAUAUACAUUUUCUGCCACAUAUGCAAAUUUGGUGGUAACAAUGAAUGUGUUGCAGAAAAUGUGGUUGGAGGUCUUCUUGGGCUAUGAAGGAAUUGUAUGAAUAUACUCAGCUCCCCAAAUCUUCAUUUGUAGCCUGCCCUGAUUCUAUCUAGUUUGAGAAACUAUGUGGUGGUAUACUCAGGGUUGGGUUGUAGCGGCUUCUCGGUGAAGAAAUCACAUCAAGGACAGACAACAUAAAAUCCUGGAUCUCUAGACAGAAUUUCCAGAAUCUCAGCUCUCAAUUUUUUAAAAAAUAAAUAAAUGAUAUUUCAUCAUAUAUGGGUGCAUAAUGUGUUUACUCCUUUAGGCCAUGCACAAAGCAGAAGCAUGAACGACAUCACAGAUACACCAAGCACAGAUCAGGUAAGAAAUCCCAAACACUAAAAUCUUUUCUUUUAGGUUUCCAACCCCCAGGACCAAAUGUCAGCCACAAAUUUAGUCAUUGGCUUCCCAAAACGAGAACCAGUUGCAGUUUUCCUGCAUGUGUGUUCUUUGUCACAAUAAAACAAAUUUGAAAUUGUUUUCAGAACUUCUCAUUGCUGUGCAGGAUGUACCUCUUGUGAAGGAUUCAUUACAGUGGUCUUCACAUGUCUUAAAAUAUGUGAAUCCAUUUGUUUCCAAAGUAGAGGUGUCUUGUUGUCCAUGGUAAGGACCGGCUCCACCGUGCAGCAGCAGCAGCAGGGUCAAGUGGCCUGCUUUCAGCAGCAUCAGAAGGAUGGCAGGAGGAGGGAACAGAUUAAAGCAGGAACUGCUUUCUGAAAGGUGCAACAAAACAAGUUCGAAUUUAAAGAUGAAUCUGUGAAAUUUGCACUUUCUGAAAUGCUGUGAAAACCAAAACGCAGUCAUCCUUCAAAAUUUGCAGUGCAAUUCUCCAAUCAAUCGGUCUAUUCAUAAAUGAAUAUAUUAGGGGAAUGUGUGCAUGAAAGUUAAAAUAUUAGCAAAAAUAAUUUACAAAAAUGCAUCAUAUGAAGAAAAUUGCUUGCAAAAAUGCAUAGUAGUCAAAACUGCCCCCCAAAAAUUUGGGGGGAUAAAUGUGCACCAAAAUGCUAGUGAAUUUUCAUGAAAAAUUAAAUAAUAAUAAUCACAAGUUGCUGCAGAAAUCUGGAGAACUUAAUUUAUGAUUUGGAAAAAUAGGAACUGAGAGAACCAGAAUUGACCGAUCCCCCCCCAUCCCUUUCCAUCCUAAUGGGGAGGGGGGAUUUGGAGUGCCCUUUUGAGCAGCCAUGUCCAUUGCAUUGGGAGUGGUGGCGGUGGCAGCUUGAGCAUUCAGUAGGAAGGGCUAGUGAAAGGAAUGGAUGUUCUGAGGAAUGUAAAUUCAAAUGACAUUUCUUUCAGAAGCUACCUCCUACAUUUCUCCGAUGAAAAUAGGGACGUCUUGUUCUAUUAUUAUUAUUAUUAUUAUUAUUAUUAUUAUUAUACCCAACCCUUCUGAUUGGGUUCCUCCAGCCACUCUGGGCAGCUUCCAACAUAUAUAAAAACAUUAAAAAAAACUAAGCAUUAAAACACCUCCCUACACAGGACUGCCUUCACAAGUCUCGGAGGUUGGAUGACUCCAUACCCUCCAGCAUUUCUCCAAUGAAAAUAGGGAUGUCCUAAGGAAAAGUGGGACAUUCCAGGAUCAAAUCAGAAACCAGGACGGCUUCUGUAAAUCAUGGACAUCCCUGGAAAAUAGGGACACUUGGCCAGUUUAUGAUUCUGGCCUACACAUAUAGGUGACGCUCUGAGGGCUUUUCAAUCAGUUAGGUCCCAUCUGCAGUACAUAUUUAAAGCAGUAUCACAACAUUUUAAACAGUCAAGGCUUCCCCCCAAAGAGUUCUGGGAAGUGUUAACAUAAACAACAAUAGGGGCAGCAUGAAAAAGCUUUGCCUGAGAAUCAUAGAAUUUUAGAAUUGGAAGGGACCACGAGGGUCAUCUACUCCAACACCCUGCAAUGCCGGAUUAUGUUUGCCCAACAUGGGGCUUGAACCCACAACCAUGAAUUAAGAGUCUCGUGUUCUACCAACUGAGCUAUCCCACACAACUAAUGCCAAAUUCUGUCAAAGGCACUGGCACUGGUGGCAGGGGGCAGAAUUGUGGCAGCCCUAGAAGUACUGCUUUGGGGUCACCUCCAUAGUUCUCCAUAGUAAGGAGUUGUUUUGAUACAAGGGAAGGGCUGUAGCAGAGCACCUGUUUUGCAUGAUGCAGAAGGUCCUAAAUUCCGUCCAUGGCAUCUCUAGGUAUGGCUGAGAGAGAUCCAUCAGAAAUCCUGGAGAGCCUCUUCCAGUGAACUCCAGACGAUUGAUUUGACUUGGUAUCUGGCAGCUUCUGAAUGCAAGUUCAUGUCUCCUGCUUGAAAAGUGGGUGUGGGGAGGGUUAACCUGAAGGCAUGCAAAGUAUUUUGCUCCCAAAAGAACACUGGUCUUAAUCAGCCUAGUAGGGCCACUACAAAGGGACUUUUACAUGAAGUUUUACAUGAAGCUUAGAGGUUGCUCCUAACUCCUGCUCUCUGCUUAUUCCAAAAGCUUUGUUGGCUUUUUUUCCAUUAUGGAUUUAAAAGAUUAGUAAAAAGGGGGGUGGCAGCAGUGGGUAGGAGGGAGAGCUUUCUGCCUUACUCACAUGCCUCUCCUCAUGCCAGCAUAUAGAUUAUAAUAAACCUCAGCCUGAAGUUUAUUGAGCCUUUCUCGGUUAAUAAUAAUGAAACAGCCAGAAAAGGACAAGAAGAGUCUUGGGCAUGAAUCUGUUAAAUGAGGUUUCUAUCCUCCACUACAUCCAUAUCUCACUCUUCUGCCUCAAUGGCUUCAAUGUUUGCAAAGAAGAAAGAAUUCCACAAAGGUGUUUUAUCAAAAGCUGAAUUCUCCUUCCUACAGAAGUAAUAAGAUCAAAGAAGUGCUCUCCUUCUUUGUAUCUCAGCACCCUUCAUUUGGGGGGGGGGGAUUCCUGGAUCCCAAGAUCCAAGUUGGGAGCAAGAUCCAAGCUGGGAGAGAAGCCCAGUGGAGCUUUAAAAUCACAAAAUAUGCAUCCAAGUGUGGAAAUCUAGGCUGUUAGACCUUUAAAAUAUGCUCCUUCAAGUUCCUACCAAAGUUUCCCUGUUUCCCCAGCAUAGGAAAAAGAUCACAUGUAUGGUAAAUUUAAAAUGGUUUACUUACUAACUCUCCAAAGGUCAGGUUUAUGUGCUUUUCCAUACAGCAUUCAGAAAAAGUUGCACAGGCAGUAAAACUUAGCUUGCUUAGAAAGUGGUAAAAGUUCUUAAACAAUUGGUAUAGGAACUCAAGAGAGGCUGGUUAAAGCCAUGUGGCUGGCAGCAGCAGCUCAGAACUCCUCACACACCAAAGUUCACAUGUAUACUGUGAGAACAAAGGCUUGAUUACCUAGUUCCUCCCAAGAUAAGGGGAAGUGGACAUAGCUAAGCCUGGCAGGACAGCUUACUCUAUGGUAUUAACCCCUUCAGGCAUUAAUUAGACUUAAGCAUGUUGGUUAUAUGAUGCUGCUUAUCCCACAAAUUUUAUGUUUACUUAUGGGAUAUGUGAUCAAGAUGAUGAACUUAGCAUAGCAUUGCGGUUUAGAGUACGAGCUAUGAGAACUUGUAAGACACUGAAUCAUGUUAUUCAGCUAUGAGCUCACUUAGUAGCCCUACUUAAGAUGCCAGUUCUCACUUAUCACAUCUGACCUCCUGACUGUGAGUUGCUGCUGCUUACGGGGAAGGAGAAGAGGAAGUGGGAGAUGGCCGGGAGGCUGGCACCAUCAAAGUCAAUCCAGCACUCCUGCCAAUGCCUUUGCACUUCCUCCUCUUGUUCUUAGUAAGCAGCAGUGACUCAUCUGUUUGGAUGGAUGUCCCCAACACACCACCCGCUGCUGGCUGGAAGAGACCCUUGUCUGGAAUCCUGGUGAGCUGCUGUCAGUCAGUGUUGGCAGUGCUGAGUUAGAUGGAUCAAUAUAAGGCCGUUUCCUUGUUCCUAAAAUAUGAAUAUACUGUGAUGUUCUGUGGUGGGCAUAUGGGGAGGACUUAGCAAGGGAAGUGGUGGGUGCUUAUACUGUCAAGUUCUGGCACUCUGGAUUAAUUUCAUACUCUUCAGGCACAGUCCACAGGGAUGUUCUACCACUGAAGCCCCACUGGAUUUAAUGACAGCACAGUAGAACUUCCCAGUGAACCACUAAAAUUGAUUUAAGUCUGCCUAUACAGUGGUGCCCCGCAAGACGAAUGCCUCGCAAGAAGGAAAACCCGCUAGACGAAAGGGUUUUCCGUUUUUCGAUGUGCUUCGCAGGGCAAAUUUCCCUAUGGGCUUGCUUCGCAAGACGAAAAUGUCUUGCGAGUCUUGAGAUUUUUUUUCGCUUCCCCCCCCUUUUUCUAAGCCGCUAAGCCACUAAUAGCCUUUUAGCAGCUAAGCCGCUAAGCCGCUAAGCCUUUAAUAGCGCUAAGCCGCUAAGCCGCUAAUAGGGUUGCUUCGCAAGACGAAAAAACCGCUAGACGAAGAGACUCGCGGAACGGAUUAAUUUCGUCUUGCGAGGCACCACUGUACCAAUAUGGCAGCCUCCAGAAUUUUGAACUACAACUCCCAUCAGCCCUAGCCAGUACAGCUGUGCUCCCCUAAGCACCCACAUCUUAUGAUUUUGCUGGCUGGGGCUGAUGGGAGUUGUAGUCAGGUCAGGCCAAUUUAGGAUAAUUAUUGCAAUGAGACUACAGCCACACGGUCUACCUUCAGUAAGGAUGGAUCUGUCAGUGUCACUGUUCUGUUUCCCAGUUUUCCAAUCUUAAAUUCAGUUCUCCACAUUUUGCAGCAAUUUGUGAAUUUAUUUAUUUUUAAUCACUCAUGACAAUUGAUCAGCAUUUUACUGCAAAUGUCUUCUAAUAAACAGUUUCAUAUGCAGUUUUGACUAAAAUAUGCAUUUUUGCAAGCAAUUUUCCUAAUAUAACGCAUUUUUGUAUGUUAUUUUCACGAUAUCUUCAUGUUUGUGCAUACUUUCCCAUAAUAUGUGCAUUUGUCUCUGUUAAAUAUGAUUUCAUUUGACAAUAUUUAUAGUUUCUUUUUUGUUUUCCUUUAAAAAAAAUAUUUUUAUUAACAAUUUUAACAAUAAGAACAACAAACAGAAACUGUAAACACCAAAACUGGAUUUCCCAUAGUAGUAACAUAGUACAUACACAGUAACCAAUUUGGUGUUAAGCCAAUUUAACAUGCAAAAUCAAAAUAUGUGCAUUUUUGUAAACAUUUUUUGGUUGGAGAACAGAAUUGCACAGUUUUGAUAAGUGUGAAUUUCAAAUGACAGCUGUUUUUCAGUUUACACAUUGUUUCAGAAGGUGUGGAUUUGAUAGGUUCAGCUUUAAAUUCAUGCUGAAUCAAAUUUCUUCUCCAUCCCCAACAUUCGGUAAAACUACCAAGAAUCAAAACUAAGAUGGCUGCAACCCAGUCUCCAGCAACAUUAAAUAAGUACAAAGCUAGGCUUUCAAGAGGUACAGCUACCAAACAGAUUAAAAUUAAGUAAAUUGGCAUAAUGGCUAAUAAAUAAAAAUACUCUCAAUAGAGGAUGUACUAACCACAUCACUGAGUGACUUUAGCAUUUGUCGAGGGCAGCAUUUACUGCUGUAGAAUCUGAGGGGUGAAUAAUAUGGAACUGGGUAAACAUUGAGGGUAAUACCUGGAGGUAAGCACCUACCUCUGCCAGUUACCCAGUCCCAGCUGGGGGGGGGGGGCGUAGCCAGGAGAGAGUUGGCCAGGUAAGGGGAGAGAUCGACCAGCCCACACAACAGUGGGCGAAACUUACCUGGGAGUUCUCAGUCGGCUUCAGAGCUUCUCCCACCCUGCCCUCCCUCAGUUAAGCCUUCUUUUACAGGUUGACCUCUUCUCCACAGGUGCGCAGGCGCUGCUACGUUACGGUUGCUGUUGAAGGGCCAGAAAUGAAUUUUCCUGCAUUGGCAGGUUUUGCCUUCCCCAUAGCAAAACCUCACAACUUUGGCGGUUUCAGGCCUUGGGCGGAAUCCUUUAGUCUAUCUUCCCUAAAUUGGGGAUGGCGGUAAUCUCAGAGUUCCCCGUUAAAGGGGUUGUUUUGAGGGGAGGCAUUGGCCAUACGCUGUUAAGUUGUCAUGAGGGGUGGGCUCUCUGCUUGAACAGACGUUCUCCAGAGCCAACCCAAUCCCCACACAUUCUGAAUAACCCUGAUGUUCCCCAAAUCCCUGGCCAGGGACUGGGAGGGAUAAACGCCCAAUGCCUGAGCUAAGGUCUCCCUACAUCUGAAGUUUUAAUUAAGUGGCCAAAUUUUAAUCCCAUAACACGUUGCCUUGAGGCAUUAUUCCACGCAUGUGUCGCCCAGGGUCAGCGGGGUCUCCGCCUGUCCAUGCAAAUGGAAAUUACCACAGAUCCAACUGCAGCCACAUUGUGAGUGUUAAGAGUCCCAGGCGGAUUCUAAGUGAUGUGUUUCCCCAGCUGGCAAGGCGUUUGCUCUUGCUUUGACUCAGGCAGAAAGAGACAAACCGAAAGAAGGGCAUCACUGAUUGUUAUGUACUGAUGUUCUCACCCUGGGCCAGCAGGGGGAUACUGUAGAUAGUUAUGCAAAUGAAGGAUCGAAAGUGACAUUCAGUGAUUGGAUAGUUUGUAUGCAAAUGAAGGAUCGAAAAGUGACGUUCUGUGAUUGGAUAGUUUUAGAAAGUUGCAACAGUUACAAUUGUUCUGGAGCUCUAUAUAAGCAGGCUGACUGAGCUCCUCAGUUAGUUCUGUUCCAGCUUACAAAUAAAGAGCUGCUUUGGAAGAAUCGCUGUGUCGUCUAAUAUGUUCGCCCACAACUUAACACUGAUCUUUAGAGAAAUGCUUUUGUUUUUCUCCUAGCUCAAAAACAAAUUCAUUAAGAAGAUCCCCAAAGAUGCUGAGGCCUCCAAUGUCCUUGUGGGAGAAGUGGACUUCCUGGACAAGCCGUUUGUAGCGUUUGUCCGGCUCAUUCAGUCGACCAUGCUGGGUGGAGUGACAGAAGUGCCUGUCCCAACGAGGUAGGUAGAUGAUUAAAAGGAGGAUUGUGGCCCUGGCCCCGCCCAGCCCUACAAAAAAUCAAAGGCUGGGGGAGAGGGUGGCUGAAAGCAAGGCCUUCAGAAGGAACGCCUUCUGCCCCUGAAUAUGUCUGCCAUUUGGACACCAUCCCAUGAAAGUACACCCUUUUGCUGGGAUUCGUUUUGAUGAGCAUUCUCAACUCUGCUUCCAUUUUUCUUAAUUUUAUUUUGCUACAUGUAUAUUUAUCUCCGCUUUCUGUCAUCACUGCACCCAAAGCAGCAAAUACACAGUUUGCAGGCAGCCAUCCAACUGUACACUGACCAAGCCCAGACCUGCCAAAUAUUUGCAUUUAGCAGAAAAACGACCCAUCAGGAGCUACUGGUUUUAUUUCCCAAAACUAUAGGCACAGAUAAUUUUUUCUGUGCUAUUGAAUUAAAUCUCAGGUAAUUGAUGCAGCUACAAGCAAUAGUAAUUUCUGCAUGAUGUGACUGUAACUGGCCCAUUGUAUGUACAAAACAUCAAGGUAAUGUUUCUAAGUACAUCUAGACAGCAAUAGUGAAAUUAGCAGGCAUUAUAGUCCCAUUUUGGCAGAGCAAAUCUGUCUGAACAAUACAACUUGCAUGUUAACUAUUGAAAGGAAAAUAACACCCAAGGAGUUCAAGAUGUUUUAAUUCAUAAGGAGAAGUCUGGGAUAGAAGCCUCAAAAGGGAGCAAUAGAUAGAAACUGUUUUGCCUAGUACAGCCUUCCCUGAUUUGGUGCCCUCCAAUUCUCAUCAGCCGCAGCUGAUCAGCCCCAGUCCUAAACAGCAUGUUGGGAGACACUGAAGUAGCCUAACUGUCAUUUAAGCUGGGAGCAGCACAGUGAGAUGGCUUGCAUAUCAUCAUUCAUGCUUCAUGAGUUUGCUUCUUUUCCCCCUCUUUAAACCAGAUUCCUCUUUAUCCUCCUGGGUCCCACUGGAAAGGCAAAAUCCUACAAUGAAAUUGGCAGAGCCAUCGCCACCCUCAUGGUAGAUGAUGUAAGUGCAUUUUCAAUGUCUUCGUAGAUGCCUCCCCUACAUGGGCGGAGCCAAGGGGGGCAGCUGCCCCCUCAUCAAGUAAAUCAAUAAAAAUACUUAACUAACUGAGGUUCUGCCCCCCUAGAAAAAAACAUUAAGCCUGCCCCCGUAACAAAAUCCUGGCUACACCCAUGCUGCUCUGAUAUUUUAUUGAGGAUGUCAUGCAAUGGCAUAACCCGGGGUCAGCAUUACAAAAGGCAUAUUCUGUACCUUGUGCAGAAAGGUGGUAAACACGUAGCCAACUCUGCAAUGGAACUGAACCAAAGGGUUCAACUAAGUCAGUGAAGGAUUUCUGCUUGCAUGACACCUCCCUCCUCCAGUGCCCUUUCCAGAUCUGCUCCAGAAGGUUGGGGGGGAAGCCUAGCACAGAUCUGGAGAGCACACAGGUAGAGGGGGGGAGAGUUCCCUUACGCAAGUGGAGACUGGUUAACACAUAAGAAAUGAGGCUCAGUGUUAUGUACUGAAGUUCUCACCCUGGUCCAGCAGGGGGAUACUGUAGAUAGUUUUUACUCAGGUCCACAUAUGCAAAUAAGGGAUCGAAAGUGACAUUCAGUGAUUGGAUAGUUACAGAAAGUUGUUACAGUUAUGUGGUACUGGAGCUCUAUAUAAGCAGGCUGACUGAACCCUUCAGUUCAGUUCUGUUCUGGCCUGUGAAUAAACAAGAGCUGUUUGAAGAAUUGCUGUGUCGUCUGAUAUGUUCACCCACAACUUAACACUCUCCAUUGUAUUCCACUGCAUUUUCUCGGGUAGUGACUUGUCCAGAUAAUUCCUGUUUUCACUUUUACUUCCA